GCCUGUUCUAAAAGUGCAGAUGACCAUCUGCUUAAGCUUUGAGACCCUGCGCUUGCUCCCGCCAAGUGCCAUCAGAGCGGUGUGACUGGACAGCAGCUGAAUAUCACCUCCAGAUCUCGUCCUAAAACUCGCCUGUUCUCCACCCGUGUCUGCUUCUCCUUUUAUCUAGCCGCUUCGCCCUCACCGUCGUCGCAUGGUACUUGCAAACAUGUUGGACUCGUUCAUCCGUACAUCCUUCAAGUCUGACACGACCAUGACUUGAAACAGUUUCGGUGCUGAGGACCGAGAUAAGUGGCUAUCAGUUCCUCCGUCUUUUUAUCCGAUGAGCCGCCAAAUCCCGUCGUAUAGUGAACUCCACUCCUCUCCACAGUUGCCAUAUCAUCACGCUAGUGCUUUGUACAUCUCCUUGUCUGUUUCAUCAUCGAACUCUCCACGCAAAAGUCCAUCAUGGAACAAUUCAUCUUGUUCGGCGAUUCCAUCACGCAACAGUCCGCGAGCCAAGCAAAGGGGUUUGGCUGGACACCAGCUCUGCAAGAUACAUACAUUCGUCGUCUCGAUGUGGUCAACAGAGGCUUCAGUGGAUACAAUACUACACAGGCUUUGAGUGUAUUGGAUCGUGUUCUGCCAACUCCUGAGCAGGGCCGCAUCCGCUUGAUGACCAUUUUCUUGGGUGCUAAUGACGCUCGGUUACCAAACACACCUGGGUUCUCUCAGACUGUUGAUCUCGAACAGUACAAGAAGAACAUGACAGACAUUGUCAACCAUCCCAAGCUGCAAGCACAUAAGCCUCAGCUUAUCCUGCUCACCCCGCCUCCGAUCGAGGAGAGAAAGGCGCUUGCGCAUGACCAGUCAAACGGUAUCAACGUGAUGAGACGUACUGCCUCAAACACGGCCAAGUACGCAGAGGCAGUUCGCCAAAUCGGACAGGAGUUUGGUAUUCCUGUUCUCGAUGUCUGGGCUGCUUUCAUGAAGGAAGCUGGCUGGAAGGAGGGCGAGCCGUUGCCUGGAUCAAGUGAGAUUGAGCAGAACAAGGCGCUUGCCGACAUGCUGCAUGACGGUCUUCAUCUGAACCCAGAAGGCUACGAGAUCAUAUACAGGGAGUUGAUGAAGCUGAUUACCGAGAAGCUGCCCGAACACGCACCGGACAACAUGCCGUACGUGUUGCCAUCCUGGGAUGAUGCUACGGCUUGGAAAUAGUAGAAUCGAGAUAGAUGUACACACUCAGAUGCGAUGAGUACACAAUAGAGCGUCCCAUUCCAGACUCGUGUUGGAGUCCUCCC